AUGCAAGUAUUAAUUGCUUAUCCAUUUAAAAGUGAAAUUCAUAAUCGUGAUAAAUUAAUUUAUCUACCAGAAUUAGUUCAAGAUGAAUCAAAUCUUCGUGUUGCUAUUCGUCAACAUCAUCCUUAUGUUAUUAUUGUUGGAAAUAAUUCUGUUGGAAGUGAAACACUUGAAUUAUGGCGUUCAAUAAUCAGUCAUGAUAUUCAAUUAACGAUUAUUCGAAGAGGUUCAUCACUUUCACGUAUUCAUGUUCAUCGAGCUAAACAAUUAAAUAUAAACGUAUUAAAUACAUUAAGUGUAAACUCUCGAUUUGUUGCUGAAUAUAUAAUUGAACAUCUUCAUUUACCAAAUGAUGGAACUUAUGCAACGAUUGGAAUAAUUGGAUCAGGUGCUAUUGGAAGUCGAAUUGCUUAUCGUUUAUGUCGAGCUAAACAUAAAAUUCAUAUUUAUAGUCCAUCAUUAACAAAUCCUGAUGAAACUGUUCAAAAUGAAAUUCGAAAAAGAAAAGGUAUUGCUUUAUCUGAUAUAAAUAUAUCAAUGACACCUGAACAAGCUGUUAUAAAUGCUACACAUGUUGUACUUGCUAUUGAUGCUGAGAGAGUUAACAAUAUUAAUGAACAAUUAUCGAAAGAAUUUUUUCAAAUAAUACCAAAUGGAGCAAGACUUGUAUCUGUUACUGAAUUUUGUGUAUUUGGCCAAGGAGCUCUUGAUGUUCUUAUUGAACGUGUUCGACAAGGACAAAUUAGUGCUCGUUUAGAUUCAACGGCAUUUGAUUUAAUUACAAUUAAAGAUCCUCCACAAGAAUUAGAAGUUGUAUCAGCUGCUAUGACAGUACCUGGAUGUGGUGAAGCUAUGGAUCAAGCUGCUCUUGUUCUUCUUGCUAAUGUUGUACUUGAACAAUCAUUUAAAUCACCAUUGCCAUUUUUCGUUGGUUCAUCGAGAAAAAAUGAAGAAAUUACUGUUAUUGGAGCAGGUAUUAUGGGUUUAGUAACUGCUUUCUUUCUUAGUGAAAGUGGUUAUAGAGUAACUAUUAUUGAUGAACAUAACCGUCCUGAUACAGAUAAUAAAUUAAAUCAAAAUGAAAUAUCUUAUCGUGGUACAACACUUGACGGAUGUGAUGCACGACAUGCAUCUAUUACAGAAACAAUGCCGCAUGCUGUAUUUUACAGAAUAGAUAGUUUAAGAAAAUAUCCAUUAGAUCAUGGAGGAUGGAGAAUAAUACAUAAUCAAUUUAAUAAUCAGGAACUUGUCUGGAUUGAUAGGUUUAGUGAACUUGCUGGUUAUCCAGAAUUAGUUGUUAAUUUGUUUAAUCAAUUUGUAUCAAAUUUAAAUCGACGUGGAAUUGAAUUAUGGGAAGACAUAUCUCAAAAUUAUCCAAAUGUAAUUCAAGAUACAAUUAAAAAUCGUCGAAUUAUUCGAGUAUGUCCAUCAUUAACUUCAUUAAAUAUUGUUUCAUUAUUUCAAACCAAAUACCAUAAAAGUGAAGAUAAUCUUCAAAUAUUAUCACAUUCACAAGUUCUUGAAAAAAUACCUGGCCUCGUACUUCAAGAUGGAGAUGCUGCUGGCAUUGAAGUACCUGGUUUUACUAUUAAUAAUGUAAAACUUUGUCAAAAUAUGAUUGAAUUUUUGGAACAUAAUCCAAAUGUUAAAUUUAAAUGGUCAACUCAAGUUUGUUCAAUUGAUAAUAUAAAUUCUUCAAAAAUAAUAUUUGCUUCAAGUCUUAAUCGAUUAGAUUCUUCAUUAUUAUAUAAUGUCUCAUUAGCUGUACAAGGUGUUCUUGGAUGUUGGAUCAAACUUCCGAAUGUUCAUUUAAUAAAAAAUGGAUUUAAAAUAGUAGAAAAAGAUCCAAUCAGUUUUAUUAAUGUGACACCAAGUUAUGAUGAACAAUAUUUAUAUGUAACAGGCGGUUUUGCUUUUUGUGGUCAACGUGGAAUUGUUCAAUCACCUUAUCUUAAUCAAUUAAUUGAAUUAUUUUAUUCAACAAUACGUUCUUAUUUACCUGAUGAAAUCGAUGCAAGUGAAUCAGAAAUUCUCCCAAUGAGAUUUUGUAUUCGUCCAAUGACUCCUGAUGGUAUGCCAAUUGUUGCUCAAUUAAGUGCUGAGAAUAAAAACCAACAAGUGUAUUUUGUUGGUGGAACAAAUGCUGGCGGAUUUGUUGAAUCUCCAGUUUUAGCAACAAUUCUUUUAGAUUUAAUUCAAGGUUCAACAAGUGAUACAAGCCUUUGUCAUGUUUAUAGAUCACUACGUCUUGAUAGGAAUACUUUAUUAUUUAAUUUAAAUUCAUCGAAUUGA